AUGAGAGGACCCUGUACAAUCAAUUACAAGUGCGACCAGCGCAUAUGGAUAGGCCCCAGAGGCAAGGAGUACUAUGGCUCCGACAUGACCAUCGGUGAAGUGGCAAUGCGCAUACUUAUCGAACUCAAUCCGAACAAGGUCUUGCAGAUAUGCGAUUGUACAGGUGAGAGAUUGACGGGCUGGCAGCUCGCACAGCAAGGCCUUAUCAUUGCGCAGGCGUUCAAGCGUCUCGGGCUUCAUCGCGGGGAUGUUAUUGGAGUAUCAGCCAACAAUACAACCUAUUUGACAGGCGUUAUCAUAGCGGCGCUGCUCUCGGGAACGCCCAUCAACCCUCUGCAUCCAGAUUUUAAUCAAGAGACUGUGAAAUACAUGUACGACAUCACCACGCCCAAGUUAAUAUUCUGUGAUGUGGAGAACUAUGAGAUAAUCAAAGGUGUUAAUGAGCAGCUAGCCAACCCUGCGCUAAUAUAUUUGGUGAAUGGGAGCAUUGAGGGGGUUCCAAAUGUGAGAGAGCUGCUAAGUGCGCACGACGGGACAAAGGAAGUGUCCUAUGUGCCCUGUCCAAAGCUACAUGGCGAUCACACAGCGUUCAUUAUUUGCUCAUCGGGGACCACAGGAAUGCCGAAAGGUGUAACGCGCUCCCAUCGUAGUCUGCUCGCUAAUAGCAAAAACCCCUCCACCUACACCCGCGAUAGUAUUGUGUUCACCUUUAGCGCUCUGUACUGGAUUUCGGGAACCCUUGUUCUGCUCGCCUCGCUUGUUAAUGGCUGCACACGUAUUAUCACCCAUCGUCCCUAUACAGUGGACUAUAUGCUUCAGGUUAUCUCGCAUCAUCGCGUCUCCUUCGUGAUUCUGGCCUCGCAUCAAAUUGCACUUUUGAGCAAAAGCGAUCACAACGACGCAUAUAUCAGGGAUAAACUGGAGUCCAUAAAAAUCAUGAUUGGAGCUGGAUCCAAGAUUUGCAAGGCCGUGGCUAAGCGCAUGUACGAUCUGAUAACGAAUGAGCGCUUUAUUGUUGGCUACGGUCUGUCCGAAAUGGGCGGCAUCACCAAGAACGUGGGUGGCCCCUUGGGCAGUGAAGGCAAGAUCAUGCGAAACGUAGAACUCUGUGUUCUGGACAAGCUGGGCACACCUCUAGGCCUGAGCGAGGUGGGUAUUAUACAUGCCCGAUUGCGCUAUAAAUGGGCAGGCUACUAUCGUAAUCCGGAGGCAACGAAGCGUGCUAUCACCGCCGAUGGCCAAUGGCUGAAAACGGGCGAUAUUGGUUAUUUGGACAGCGAGGGUAAUCUCUAUAUACAAACACGUGACACAGACGUCUUUAAGUACAACAACUUUCAAAUCUAUCCUGAGCAAGUCGAAGAAUUCGUAUUGCAAUUGCCGGGCGUAAGCGAGGCCUGCGUCUUCGGUAUUCCCAACGAGGUGUCUUCCAAUCUAGCAGCUUGCGCUGUGGUGCGCACAAAUACCAUUGAGGGUCACCAACUACGGGCGAGCGAUGUAAUUGGCCAGGUGGCACGUCAUCUUGGCAACAUAUACCAUAUACGCGGAGGCGUGUUCUUUGUAGACGCGCUUCCCAAAACGGCGAACGACAAGCUUCAGCGGCGUAAAGUGCUGGCUAUGAUCAAAGAACUAGGAAUAGACGCGGCUCAGUAA